GAAUAGUGCUGUGGUGUUUACACUAUGUCACUUUCUGGCACAUUUAGCAGCCUGUGUUUGUCGACCUCGCUGUGUUUUGCUACAAGCAGCAGAACGAACGCUGGAGAAAUGAAGAAGACAGUAACAGCAGAACGCUUGUCCUCACAGACAGGAAAGUCAGAGGACCUUUCUGCUCGGACCCACUGAACUGUCGAUGGCACGUGUUCUCUCCCUGUUCCGGCCUCAGCCUGUUUUGGCCCUCGUCGGCAGGAGAAUACGGCCGCUGUGCAGGAUGUCAAUGGACUCCCGGGCACGUGAAGUGUUUGCAGCUGCAGUGGAAGCUGUGCAGCCAGACACCGUGAUCCGGCAGAGUAUAGAGCGCAAGGACGACUCGCUCAUUAUUGAUGGUCACAAAUUCACACUCAAACAUAACCUGCACUUGGUAGGUUUUGGAAAAGCUGUUCUGGGAAUGGCUGCCGAGGCAGAGAAGAUUGUAGGCGAUCAUUUAGUUAAAGGCGUCAUAAGCGUCCCGCAUGGGAUUCAGCAGACAUUAAAGCAGCACGGGAAAGAACAUCUAUUGUUAAAAGAAAACAGCCGCAUCAAAGUAAUGGAGGGAGCUAAACAUAACCUGCCCGAUGCCGACGCCCAGAAUGCAGCUGAGGAGAUCAAGCGGUUAGCCAGUGAACUGACAGAGAAAGACCUGCUACUUGUACUUAUUUCAGGUGGAGGCUCUGCACUAUUACCUGCACCUAUUCCACCAAUCUCCUUGCAGGAGAAACUAGAUGUUACUCGCAAACUUGCAGCUGCUGGCGCCACUAUUCAAGAGUUGAACACUGUACGUCGUGCUCUUUCAUUCUUAAAGGGUGGAGGACUUGCACAUCAUGCUGACCCCGCGCAGGUGGUUGCACUGAUACUUUCCGAUGUGAUUGGGGACCCACUUGACUUGAUAGCUAGCGGCCCCACAGUGAGAAGUGAGGUCUGGCCUGAGGAAAUCUUGUCCAUCCUUGAACGUUACAAGCUGUUGAACUCAAUGCCGGCUUCAGUUAACGAUGUCCUUGGGAGGCCAGGUCCCAGAUGGAAAGAGAAUAAAGAUGAGUCAGAUACAUCAGGACGUGUUCUCAACGCUGUGAUUGGGUCUAACACUGUUGCACUGAAGUGUGCAGGUCGCCGUGCUCGAGAGCUUGGUUUCAGGCCUGUUGUGCUUUCACCGGGAGUCUGUGGUGAUGUAAGAUUGGUCUCUAAACUUUACGGCCUGCUGGCCCGUUUUGCCUAUUCUCUAGUGGAGCCUCCACCUGAGAUCGCUGUUGAGGUGCUGAAGCUGGGCCCUGAAGUAGGCGUGGAGAGCUGGGACCUCUGCCGUACCAUGCAGGUUUUAGAUGAAGGGCGCACAGAGGGAUGGGGUGCCACAUGUCUGUUAGCUGGAGGUGAGCCCACUGUGGAGCUCACAGGCAAAGGUCGAGGUGGCCGAAACCAGGAGCUUGCUCUGCGAAUGGGUCUGGAGCUGAAAGGCCUGGAGCUGCCGCCCAAUGGUCCCGUCUUCCUGAGUGGUGGUACUGAUGGUCAGGAUGGACCCACGGAGGCAGCAGGGGCCAUUACUGAUGGAGGGUUGUAUGAAGAAGCCCAAACACAAGGGCUGGACAUCGACAAGUUUCUUACCAACAAUGAUUCUUACACGUUUUUUUCCCGCCUUUCUGCUGGUCAGCGUUUACUUGUACCGGGCCUUACCUGCACAAACGUAAUGGAUGUGCACAUGCUUCUUAUUCCAGCAAUUCCCAUUAACAUAAGAUAAGGAGCCCUAGUGGUUAGAGAAGUGGACGUGGGACUGUAGGAAUGGGUUAAAUCGGAGAACAAACUUGUAUAUGUACUUGGCCAUUAAAGUUGAUUUACAUUUGAAUAAUUCCAAAGUUUAGUUUAGAUGUAAGAAACAACUAUGACCUGAGGAUUAACACAUUAACACAUUUAAUAAAUAUGAACGAGACUUACACAUCUAAGUAAUCUUUCAGUUUUGUUCUCCUUUGUUACUUAAAGGUAUCUCAAUUUUUGCGAUGAGUUUGUUGUAUGAGUUCAUCUGAAAUUAAACAAUUAUGUGAAUACACAGUGAUACACAGACUGAAAGAUGACUCAUACCAAUUUUAUAAAAGCACUUAUAUCCCCCCAUUUGACCUUCUUGUGUUUUAUUAUUUCAAAUUGUGAGUUAAACUACAAGGCUUGACACAUUAACAUAAAAAAUACAGUGGAUUUAUUUAUUUUUUUAAAUUAGCAAAUUUUUUUGGUAACAGCCUCAUGUGGAUAGAUUUAUUUCAGCUUUCCAUGAGAAAUAAUUUGUACGCAGUGUCUUCCUUAAUGGCAACCAUUGUGACUGUAAGGGUCAACCUCUUCACUGCCUUUGUGAACAUUCACUACCUCUCUUGUAUUCCGUCCUUAAUUGUACUGAUUGCAAAUCUCCAGACAGUGUUGUCAUAUUUACAGACAAACUGAUUAAACCACUUCUGUCCAUUUAACUUUUUUAGGUGUGUCACAGUGAAGUUUACUGUAGGUCAGUGUUAAAUAAAGACACAUGUGCAAAUGUU